AUGGCGGUGUGAGUUUUGCCUGCAUGUUAGCAUUGUGAAUAAGGUCCAAUCCUGUGAGAGGAAGUGAAUCGCUGCAAGUCUCUUUCUCUCCGCGACAAGGUCAGAUGUGUGAUGGUGACUCGGGCUGCUGAAUUGUGAGAAAACGUUCUCAUAUCUCCUCUCUACUACCUGCUACUGCUGUCUUUGUCUCUUGGGGCGCAAUGGCGAGUCGCCUCUUGGGCAGAUAUGCCCGGCUGCUCUGCAGGGCCUCCUCCCAGGCUCCAGCUGUGACUGCUGCUCGCCUGCCUCAGACUGUGGCUGGGCUGCUACAGGUGCAGAGGGGUCAGGCCUGGCCGUGCAUCACAGAGAGGCAAAUGUGUGAGGGGAGGAUGAUCGCCAAGGAAGACACCUUUCCGAGCAUGCCUACACGUACCCGGCUGGAUGAGCUGGUUGAAAAGGCAGCAGUGCCAGAGGACGUCCUGGUGGCCUGGGCAGAGCACAGUGGAAAUGGUAAUCAAGCUGCUACUGCUCUGAUGAAGUGGACUCGGUUGGUGCUGAAGACGAAGGGCAAGUUUAAGGAACAACAUCCAGAUCUGAUGAUGGAUUCAAGGCUACAAGAUAUGAUGGAUACCAUAACUCAGCAGAUGUCUUCGAUAUGGAACAACACUCUAGUGUCGGUGUUGCGCGCUCUCUGGAUUAUGAGUGUGCCCGCAACUGAUUCAGUACUCAGUUCCGUCCAGACAGAGGUCCUGUGGCGAGUCCGCAGGCUAACCUAUAAGCAGCUGGGAUUCGUGGUACACUGGGGGGCAGGCAGGAAAGGACAGCAGGAUGUGGCAAUAGUAAACGCUGCAUUAAAACAGCUGGAACUGCGUUGGACUGAAAUCUCUGAUGCUAAAACUGUCAGUUCACUAAUAUCCAGAGGACAACACUUGUCACCAACCUUGAUGGACAGACUAGAGGACAAGGCUUUGGAGCUUGCAGAAGGCUUUUCAGCAGAAGACAUCCGCAAAGUUUGUGUAUCUUUGGCCACUCUGGGCCGCAGAUCUGUCCCGCUCCUCAGAGCUCUGUCCUACCACCUUCUCCAGAAGCCGUCGUCAGAAUUCACCACUACACUGAUACUUGACGUGGCCUAUGCUUAUGGGAAGUUGAAUUUCCACCAGUCUCAGGUAUUUCAGCGAAUGGCCUCGGAGUUGUUACCCAGAGUCCCUGAGCUCAGCCCUGUCGAUGUCACACGCUGCGCAAAAUCACUGGGCUUCCUCAAGUGGCUCCACAUCCCUCUCUUUGAGGCCUUUGCUGUGCACUACACAGCAAACAGUCAGAAUUACAGCACUCUUCAGCUCUGUAACCUGCUCAUGACAUUUGCCAGAUUGGGUUUCCAGCCCAGCAAAAGUGACGAGUUCUAUAGCAAGGUUCACUCUGUACUGGAGGCCUCUCUCGCAGACCUGGAGCCUUUCUUGCAGACAGACGUGGUGUGGUCUCUGUGUGUGCUACAGCAGGCCAAGCCUCACUACCUCAUCCCCCUCACACAACAGAAACACGUUGCUACUCUGUCAGAGGGCAGUCCAGUUCGAGCGGAGAAUUAUCGGCUGAAGCUCCUCCACAUCGCUGCUACUCUCCACUUAGAGCAUCCAGGUGCCUCAGAGGCUGUAGCCUCUCUAUUGGUGACUGCUCAGUCUAUGCCGGCCAGCAGCUCCCCCCUCACCCCCCUGCAGAGCAGUCUAAGAGUGGCUUUAAAGGGUUUGGUGGGUGCGAGGACAGAGGCCCUUCGCACUGGGGUUGACACUGUGUAUGGAUGGACUAUUGAUGGUGAGCUGGUAGUGGAUCAUGACAACAAACCAGUUGAUUUGUUGAAGCUGAAAGCUCCUCAUCUACACAGCGGAGGAGGAGACCAGGAUUUACCUGUAGGGGCACGGCGGCUUGCUUUCUUGGUUUGGGAAUUUCCCAACUUUGGCUCAAAGAGUAAGGAACUUCUGGGGCGGUUUGCCAUGAUGAAGCGACAUCUCCACCUGGCUGGCUUCAUCACAGUGGAGGUGCCAUACUAUGAGUGGCUUGAGUUGAAGACAGACUGGCAGAAACUGGCAUACCUCAAGGAUAAAAUGGGGAAGGCUGUGGCCGAGGACAUGGCCAAGUGAACUGGAUAGUCUUCAGCAAAUUUGUAGGCUCAGCUAAAUUAGAGCUUUCACAACCAAAUGGGGCCCGCAGGGAACACACACAUAUACACCCUUGUUCCCACUCAGAACGGAGCAGCAUUGCAGAAAAGCGCUCUCAUACUUUGUCCGAAAAAAAAAAAAAAUUUCACUUUGGUUCCCUUGGCAACGUGUGGGGCUUUCCCUGUUUCCAUGGAGAUGACGAGCUAGAAUUUUGGAGCCAAGGAGAGACCAAAAUAAACUCAGCAGCAAGUCCUUCAGUAGUACUGAUAUGAUCAAGGACUAAGUUGUUGCAUCUGUGAGUGACAUGUCAAAACUGGAGCACCGGGCCUAUCUGACGACAUUUCUGGUCACAACAUGCUUAACAACAGUAUGUGAAUAGAUUGGAAUUAACUUAAUUAUAUCUAUGAAUGUGUGUGAAGUCAUCAUCUUGUGAUCGAAUAAAUUGUUUUAUUGCC